GCUCUACAGUUCUUGUCCAAAGCCCACCACUGCAAGGUUCAAGCUGGGGGCUGGGAGAAAGAACCGGGUCUCUUCAAAGAGGUGAUCCAAAGAGCAAUCAAUAUGGGUGAAGUGACCAUUAGUUGCAGUAAGAAGAAGAGUAAUCCAGCAGAAGCUCUUCAGAUAUUGUCCUCCACCCGCCUCAGCCUCAACAGUCUGGCCACCAAAGCUAAGCAAAUGCACACAGAUGUGGCUACAGGUCAGCUCCACGGGGAGCUGCUGGACGGAGUCGCUGCUCUGGAGCAGGUCCUCACCGAGCUGCAGGAGCUGAGCGCCACGCUGCGGGGCCCAUCACAGUGACGCUGGGGGCCCAUCACAGUGACGCUGGGGACCCAUCACAGUGACUCUGCAGGGUCACUCGCUCUGCGGGGUCACUCACAGUGACUCUGUGGCCCUGAAGGCUCCGCAGUAGUAAAGACUGCUCAGAGAGCGACGGAAGCAGCAGUCGUCAGCCCGGUGCAUUGUUGGUCACCUUUAAAUCAAGACUCCUGAGAAUAAUAUCAGUUAAGCCAAAGGUCUGACUUUGUCAUUUUUAUGAUUAUUUCUUUUUAUCUUAAAUGAAAACCAUGACUGUAAGACAUAAAAUAGUAAAAUGUUAUACAUUUUGAAAGUU